UUUGAGUUGCGAAUUUGAACACGCCGCGGCUGUGCUCAGCUCACGUGUUUUUAUUCAGUAUUUUCAUAGAUUAUUAUAAAUAUGGGCAAAAGUAACAAAAUGAUAUCUGUAAAACAGGCAAUGCCGAAGAAGAUGAAGGCGAAAAAAUUGCAGAAGCCUGCCAAAGUAGAAAAGAAGGUUAAAUCGAAGCCGGUGAAAGAAAUUGCGACCAAACUAUUAUCUGAGGAAAAUCAAAUUGCAAGAGAACCCCAAAGUCUCGUAAAUGACAUUAAACAGAAGAAUAAAACUAAAUACGUUAUGCCCUCUAAAAGCAUUACGGAAAAGCUUGUGAAUCUAUCUCUUAACGCAUUGCAACAGUUGACUGUUCACUACAAGAAGAAAAAUACAAUCUUUGAAGACGAAACGCCAAUUUUUGCUGAAAUAAAUUGUAUUAAAAUACAAAACACAAAAGGAAAUGUUAAAUUUGUGCUGCCUCACACAACAGUUGCGUCAACGGGUGAAGUUUGUUUGAUAACACCAGACUUGAAAAAAGGCAAGAAGAUUGACCAUGAACCAACAGUGGACCACUGGGAAGAACUUCUUCGUAAUGCUGGUGUCACUGCAGUUAAAACUGUCAUUCCAAUGAGGCAACUUAGAGUAGAAUAUGAUCAGUAUGAACUCAAACGUCGCCUACUUACACAACAUGACUUUAUCAUGGUGGACUCUAGGAUAUUGAGUCAUGUGUCACAUAUACUUGGAAAGAUGUUCUUUAAAAAACACAAUAUGUUGAUACCUGUCAGGAUAAAUGAGAAAACUAGUCUCAAGAAAGAUAUUGAUGUUGGUUUACGUACAGCAAUGCUUCGCCUCAGUGAGGGCGCCACUUCGACUAUUAUUGUAGGCCAUACUGGCAUGCCACAGAAAGCUGUAAAGGAGAAUAUACUAUCCCUGGUUCAACAAUUCCACACUAAAUUCCCAGGAGGAGAAGCCAACAUUAGGUCCAUUGCUUUGAAGCUACCACUGUCUUUGGCUCUGCCUCUUUAUGUUACAUUGAGACCAUCAAAUACAGUUGUACCACCAAAGCUACACCACCAGAAGCCCAAGAACUUUACAGUGUUGGAAGACGAGCUGUCAACAAUACCUGGCAGUACUGUUAGAGUAGCACCUGAUGGCACAGUUCACGUGAAGAGAGGCCCAGUGAAUGACAUUGGAGACAUGGAAGAGGAUGACGAGGAAGAGAAUGGUGAGGAGGUCUCAAGUGAUGAAGAGGCAUUAGAAAAAGAAGAGGAUUAGUGAAUCAAAUGUUACUAUUGAAAAUAAAUGUAAUUAUACAAAAUAAUUAUCA